CGUGAUUCGGUCUCUUCCGCUUUCCCGGCGUGACACCCAGCGUCAGUGCUUGUUCUCUGCGCGAGCUAAGGCCGAAUCGGCGACUUGCACAACAAUCACUAUCCAUCAUAUUUCAACUACAACCUUAAAAACAACAAAAUGACUUCGAAAGCCGAACUCGCUUGCGUGUACGCCGCGUUGAUCCUCGCCGACGACGAUGUUGCCGUUACGGGUGAAAAGAUCCAAACUAUCUUAAAGGCAGCCAGUGUAGAGAUUGAACCAUACUGGCCAGGACUUUUUGCCAAAUCUCUUGAGGGUGUCAAUAUUAAGGACCUCAUCACUAACAUUGGGUCUGGAGUUGGCGCUGCUCCAGCUGGUGCUGUGGCUGCUGCAGCCGCUCCUGCCAGCGGUGAUGCCGCUCCAGCGAAGAAGGAAGAGAAGAAAGAAGAACCAGAUGAGGAAUCUGAUGAUGACAUGGGAUUCGGUCUCUUCGACUAAGGCAAAUGCCUCUUCAAGACAAGAUCUAUGAUGGAUCCAUUCCUUUGUACAGUUAUAUUGUACGCUGAAAAAUGAAUAAAAAGUUCUAAAAAAAAGA